GUUUCCGCAGUUGGUACGGCCCGGGACAGGAUGGCCGUCGCUCGUCGGCCCUUGGAGAGACUUCUGCGGCGGGCACUGCGGCUUUUGGUGUAUCCCGGGGCGGAAGGCUCGGGCUCCGCCUGCUGCCACUGCCCUCUCGGAGCUAGAAGAUACCUACUUACAGAUAAUAUUGUGAAAUUAAAAGAGUUCCAACAUAAGAAGGUGGCUGUUGCGUGCAGUCUUCCCGGUACCAAAGAAACCUAUUUUAGAAACUUGGAAGACAAACUGACCCAGAACAAGCUCAUCCUGAGAGAAGAGUUGAAAACCUUGCUUCAUCUGUGUGUGUCCCGGGACGACGUGGAGCUGGCUAAAAAUGUCAUCUACAGGUACCACGCAGAGAACAGAAGCGCCCCUCUCGGGGAGUAUAAGUUCGGCCCGCUCUUCAUGAGGCUGUGUUACGAGCUGGGUCUGGAGGAGUCUGCGGUGCAGCUCGUCAAGGACCAGCAAUUGCGAGGUUUCUUCUCUGAUGUCACAUCAUUCAAUAUUUUGAUGGAGAUGUUAUUUAAUAAAGGCAAAUAUCAAAGUGCCCUGGAGGUAUUGAUUGAGAUGAAAAACCAAGAUGUGAAGUUCAGCAAAGAUACCUACGUCCUUGCAUUUGCCAUUUGCUACAAACUGAACAGCCCCGAGACUUUUAAAAUCUGUACUACCUUAAGAGAGGAAGCCCUGAUCAGAGGGGAAAUUCUCUCCAGGAGAGCGUCGUGCUUCGCCGUGGCAUUAGCUCUGAAUCAGAAUCAAGUAGCAAAAGCGGUGUCCAUUUUUUCCCAAAUCAUGAAUCCAGAAAGCAUAACCUGCACUAACUUAAAUAUUUUGAUCCACAUCCAGUCAAAUGCGUUGGAAGCCCUAAUGAAGAUACUAACAGAGGCUGCACAAGGCAGUUCAUCGAGAUUUGUGAGAAGACACGAGUUCUCAGAGGAGCUGCUGGCCAAAGUGAGAGAGAAGGUGAAGGCUGUGCCUGCCCUCGUGGCCAGAUUCGAUGACAUCUACAGGAAGCUGCACGUGAAUGGCCAGGUCACCACUUACAGCCUGGAUGCCCUGCUCUGCCACACCCCCAGGGACAGGAAGUCCCUCGUGCCACCCUUAAGCAAGAGGACAGUCAGCCGGCGGACCUUGCAGCCACUCAACCGGUCCCUGCUGGCGGAGUAGCCCUCAUUUGAGACGGCCUCUGAACCUGGAAGGUCUGCUUCUGGUGAAUGAUGGGCUCCCCUGAGAAGCCCUCGUCCCACCUCUGUGGACACUGUGCCAACACAUCAUCUCCCCGCUGCACCCCCAGGCCCACUGAGUGCUGGCACGCUCAUCAGACAUCGUGCCAUGGCCCUGCUGGGGAGAUCCAGGUUCAGACAAAGAAAGAAGCUUCACCCGUGCAACCUGCUGGGGCUCCAGUCCGUACCAGGGUGGGACCCAGUCAGUACCACCAGGACUGAAUUUCACUCUCAGUGUGGUCACCUCUGACUGAUUUUUCAAGGGAGGAGUUACUUGCAGGUUAUAUAUACCCUAGCUGAACUGAGAUGUGAAGCCUGUCCUACCAGGUUGGGAAAUAGCCCACACUUGUUCAUGCCAUCAUCUCUCCAUAACCCUAAAAAAGGUACUUGGGCCCUCGUUUUCCCAUCUGCAAAACAGUAGCUCCAGUGUGUGUUUGCAUAUUGGUUUAAAGUUUUUAUUCAACAUUGAAGUAGGGUCACAUUUCCUCAAAAGAGACAAAGAGGAUCCUAGGGCAGGCACUUGGUGCAGUGGUAGAGUCGCCACCUGGGAUGCCUGCAUCGCAUAUCGGAGUGCCUGGUUCAGGUCCUGUGCACUCGGCUUCCCAUCCGGCUGCCUGCUGAUGGACACCCUGGGAGGCGGCAGGUCAUGGCUCAAGUGCUUGGGACCCUGCCACUCACCUGGGAGACCCAGAUUUCUAUUCCAGGCUCCUGACUCUGUCCUGGCCCAGCCUUCCUGUGGUGGGUAUUUGGGGAGUGAACCAGCAGAUGGAAGAUCUUUCUUCCUCUCUGCCUUUUCAGUAAAUAUUAAUAAUAAAAUAAUAACAACAAUAAAACCAGGUUCCUGAGCAAACUUCUUGAGAGCAUGAUUGUUUUUGUUUUCUCAGCAGCACAAACAAAACUGGAAUUUAGAUUUUAGAGCUGAUGUGUAAGCCAAACUUAAGUGAUCACUAUUGUGGUCAAAGUGGGCCAUGUGGUUUUCAAACUAAGCCCCAAUAAAAUCCACAUAAUGUUUAGUUUUCCAUGUAGAUCAUAAACAUUUGGUCCAAUUGUUCCUCUCUUAAUGACUCGUUUUGCUCUUUGAUUUUUUUUAACGUGAAAGUGUCGUGAGAGCAGGCCAGAACCCUUCCAAUCUAGGAUCUGUUGAGCGAUGCCCCUGGUGAACGCAGCGGAGCUCACGGCCACCUCUCCUCAGUGCCGCCUUUGUCGCUCAUUCUGCAGCAAGAACUACUCAGAGUCAGAAAUGUUGGACUGGAAGGAAUCUUAGGAGCUCCCUGAUUAACUCACUGUGUGGCCCUGGCCCACUUCAGUGUUUUUAGCUAUGUUACAAGACACAUCUAGGCAGUGAAGAAAUUCACCAGGGGGAGCAGAGCUGGGUUUAUCAAGCUCACUACAAGGACACAGGAGGUCAAGCAGGGCAGGUAGGGACAAGCCGCUGCUCUGACAUGGGCUUUGUUCUGUGGGGCAUGCCCGUGAUGGUGGUCCCUUUUCAGUUAGGGUGCCUGUUGCCAUCUGCUUGCAAGGGAGCCAAAUGCUGUCAGUUACAAUAUGGACUGCAGUCCAGGAAGAAGCAUGCCUGUAGCUGCAGUAUUUCCUGAGAAUGUUUUCUGUGGCCCGAGACACUUUCCCGUGUAGGUGAUUUGCAUCUCUGGGUGCAGCUAGAAGGCCUGUAUCCCCCUUUAUCUUUUGGGACUCCACCAAGUGCCUGGGACCACCAUCCAUAGCUUGACGAAAGCACCUAACUCUGAGGCUUAGCGUGAGGAUAAAACGGCCUGGUCAAUGCGAGGCUGCCUGGGCCUGGCACACAGGAAGCAUCCGGUGUUAUGCUGCCCUUAGUGGGCAGCAUUCAGACCUGGUCUGUAGUGGAGGAAUUCGCCACGACAGAACAGUUCCUCCUCUCAAAACAAAAACAAAAC